GCUCAUGAGAUUGGGGGUUCAUUAUAAAUAACAUAGACUACCCCACCUUGAAAAAAAUGGUGGCCACCAUUGUAGCGUCUUUGCCUUCUUUUCUUUUAGCUUCAUCUGUUGCUCACUCUUCUUCUACUUCGUCUUUGAUUUUCAACAAGUUACGGUCUUCAUCAAGGCUUAGAUUUUCUUUUGCAGUUGCUCCUUUGUGUUCUCGAAGAGCCAAGUUUAUGGCACAUACUCUCGCUUCCGCCAAUCUUGGUCUUACUCAGCCCGCCAGCAUCGAAAACCCCAAGAUCGCAUUUGCUGCAAAAGAGAUCGAUGUGGGAGAAUGGAAAGGGGACAUGCUUGCUGUUGGUGUCACUGAGAAAGACAUGACCAAGGAUGAAAACUCCAAGUUUCAAAACUCAAUUUUGAAGAAAUUAGACAGGCUGUUAGGUGGUCUUUUAGCUGAGGUCUCCUCCGAGGAGGAUUUCACGGGGAAAUCUGGCCAAUCAACAGUUCUUAGACUUCCCGGCCUGGGCUCGAAACGGGUUGGUUUGAUUGGUCUUGGACAAUCAGCUUCAUCACCAUCUGCUUUCCGUGGACUCGGCGAGGCUGUUGCUGCAGCAGCAAAGACUGCUCAAGCCAAUAGUGUGGCUGUGGUCCUUGCCUCAUCAGAAGGCCUCUCAAAUGAGUCCAAGCUUGGUAUUGCUUCAGCAAUAGCAUCUGGAGCGGUGUUGGGAAUACACGAAGAUAAUAGAUACAAGUCAGAGUCAAAGAAACCACAGCUUAAAUCUUUGGAUAUCCUUGGUCUUGGAACUGGACCAGAUUUGGAGAAGAAGCUCAAGUAUGCUGAAGAUGUUUCUUCUGCCAUAGUAUUUGGAAGAGAGCUUGUGAACUCACCAGCCAAUGUACUUACCCCCGCUGCACUAGCAGAAGAGGCUUCGAAAAUUGCUUCCUCGUACAGCGAUGUUAUAUCUGCAAACAUCUUGACCGCAGAGCAAUGCAAGGAGCUGAAGAUGGGAUCUUACCUGGGAGUUGCUGCAGCAUCUGAUAAUCCCCCUUAUUUCAUCCAUUUGUGCUACAAACCCCUGAGUGGACCUAUUAAAGCCAAGUUAGCAUUAGUUGGAAAAGGAUUGACUUUUGACAGUGGUGGCUACAAUAUCAAGACUGGACCUGGUUGCUCAAUUGAUGUUAUGAAGAUAGACAUGGGAGGUUCUGCAGCAGUUCUUGGUUCAGCCAAAGCUCUCGGGCAAAUCAAACCUCCUGGAGUUGAGGUUCAUUUUAUUGUUGCAUCUUGUGAAAACAUGAUAAGUGGAACGGGUAUGAGACCCGGAGAUAUCCUCACAGCGUCAAAUGGAAAGACAAUUGAGGUUAAUAACACCGAUGCAGAAGGCAGGCUUACACUCGCAGAUGCUUUGGUAUAUGCUUGCAACCAAGGUGUUGAGAAGAUAGUCGACCUGGCAACACUAACCGGGGCUUGUAUUGUUGCUCUUGGACCGUCGAUUGCAGGCGUCUUCACACCUAGUGAUGAACUUGCAAAGGAGGUAUUCGAAGCUUCUGAGAUCAGUGGUGAGAAAUUUUGGAGGAUGCCGCUAGAGGAAAGCUAUUGGGAGUCUAUGAAAUCAGGAGUUGCUGAUAUGGUAAAUACCGGUGGUCGCCCAGGUGGUGCCAUCACAGCUGCUCUGUUCUUGAAACAGUUCGUUGAUGAAAAAGUACAAUGGAUGCACAUUGACUUGGCUGGCCCUGUCUGGAAUGAAAAGAAGCGCGUAGCAACUGGCUUUGGCGUCUCAACUUUGGUGGAAUGGGUGCUGAAAAACUCCUCUUAAAUGAAGAACUUGGUCCAUAACUAUGAGGAUGGAACAAAGAGAAGGAUUGAAAACCUUUGUUUGUUGGGUACUGGGAGAACCAUUUCAUGAAUAAAACAUUUGGUAAUUAAGGGGGGAAGGAAAGGGAAGCUAGAUAUAUACAUAUAUACGUGUGCGUAUAUAUCCUUUGAGAUUGUUUAAAGUAAAAUUAUGGAACCAAGUCUCUUUCAUGGUGAUUGUGUUCUACCUUGAUGUUUGUGAUAUUUGGUUAAGUGAAGAACUUGGAUAAACGUAAGUUUGAGCUUAA